UGUAUGCAUCCUAUAUAAAGAAUACAAAUCAAAAUAUAAAGAAGGGGUACAAUGUAUAAAGAUAUUUUUAUUAUAUAUCUAUUAAUGAAGUCAAUUCUACUGUCAAAGUUGUAUAUACAAUAUCAAUAAUUAUGAAUUGCAAACACUAUGUUCUUUUGUAAAAAAACAUUAAUUUUGAAAAGUGUAAACAUAUUCAUGUCAUUCAUAUUUUCAGACCAAGUCUCCAUGUAUAAAUGUUAAUAUAAAAAUUGGGAAAGAGAUAGGCAUAAGCAUUUUAUAAUAUUUUGUGUAAAAGACAUGGUUGAUGGCCCAUGCAUGCAUAAAUAUUGGCAACUUUUCCAACCCAAACUGGAAACAAAAGUCAGAAAAACUCACUUCUCUUAUCUCUCCCUUGAUAUCACCUGGUGCGAUGUAUCUCAGGAAUUGUAGGACUUCUCUUGGAAAAGCAUAUUCGCUAUUAUCAGGACCAACUCCAUUUUUCUAGAAUCAAGCAAAAAUUUUGUUGCGUGAAGACCAUGCACGCUUGGUAACUAAAGAUUCAACUAUGAAAUCUUCUUUAAUACUUACGAUCAGUGCGUGUGCCCAUCCACAAUAGAAGAAAUAUCGUACCAUUCUAGGAGGUUUACCCCGCUUCUUGAGUCGAUCUUCGACGCCAAUUUCAAGUUGACUGAUGAAAUGUGUUCCGUCAUAACUAGUAAAAAAUAUGUUGCUGUAUUAAAUGCUGUGUAUGUAAACGAACUCGGAACUGCUAAAAAUAUUAUGUUCAAAUCGAACAAGAAAAGAACAAAGCGAAACAACAUACCCUUCAUCUCUCAUCGUUGAGAGCAAUAUUUGUUUGUAGUCCACAUCACGAUCUGCUUCAGUAAAACUAUCUACUUUUGAAGGGCAUUUCUUCCUUGUCUUUCGUCGCUUUUUCGUCGCGGGUUUAUCUUUAUUUAUGGACACAGGCUCAGCCUUGCGUUUUCGCUUUGGAGGCAUGACUAGUAGUUUUAUAGUGACUUCUGUGACUUGCUUGACAAAAGUGUUACAGUAUAAUUUAUACGGAAGUUUACAUAAAAUACAUCGCUUGCCAUAAUUUAUACGGAACAUCACUUGCCACACGCGUUGUAAUUGGUUAACAACAAUUGAAUUAAUUAGUGGGGAAAAAUAGACAGAACUUCAAAACACCCCGCGAAAUGUUUAAAGUCAAUUAUCAGAUACAUUAAUUUUGAGUCGUAAACACGCACUAAAAAAGCUUGGUUAGUCGUGCGUUUUAACCGAUCGUUCUGAAAUUUGCACACACUGUAGGUGUAUGUCUUGGCUACAAAAGGGUGUUCGCGCGAGUUUUACAAGCCUUUAGUUGCAAAAUUACAGACCUUUUUCUUGCAUUCGUUGCAAUAUAACACAGGUCGGGAAAGAACAUGUCUUAGCUAUGUAACCCCUGAAGCAACGAUAAAAUGCGAACACCCUUUUUUAGUGCAAUACUCGAGAAGAGUAAAAAUGAUAGAUUGACAGGAUUUUAGUGAAACCUACAUCUAACGUAGCUCGCUGCGCGAAGGUCCCAUAAACUUAAACUUGUAACAAUAUUCGGGAAAGUUAUUUCUUUCUGAUAUAUUUUAUAACCCUAUGUUUUUUUUCAUCUAUCGGACUAUAUUUGGAGAAAAUUUGAGAGAAAUUGGAUAAAAAUUCGCCGAGUAAUGGUAAAUCUCCCGAAACCUGCGCGUAGGGUCUCCUGUAACCUUAACGCUAACUACAGUUAGCGCUAACUACGUUUUUAUACAACCGGCCCCAGGUAUAUCAAUCAUGUUUCGCUCGCUACUCUGGUUUAAAUAAAUGAUUACAAAGCCCAGUCGAAUUGUAAUCAAGACCCAACGUUUCCGGACACUCCAGUCUAGUGUCUUCAUCAGGGGUGAUCUAAAACUGCGAUCGUGGCUUCUUAAAUACCGAAGGGAUGACGUCACCUGCCAAGAAGAUGCAUAUAUUCCUCUGGCAAAUAGGCACCGUCAUCCCUAUUCAAUGCAUGAUGACUCAUAUUUAUAUGCCACGCUUCUAGGCAAAGUCUUUGACCAUAGCGAUUGUUUGUGGUAAUUACUUUAGAGUUUUCCCACGCAAUCUCGUGUUUGGUACACCGAACAUGUAUGUUACACCAAUGAUUUCUGUUUAUCAUGUGUUUUUUUUACUUUAUGCGGUUAAUUUGUGCACGAUCACGGUGAUUGAGUUCAUUGCCUUUUCGUAUAAAUGGUUUAGUAACCGUCCAAUAGCGAUAGCUGAGAUGAAUUGAAACGUCCAACCACUGUGAAUAAUAUUUAAUGAAUCGGUGAGGUACAAUUCAACAAAGGUCUUCUAUUUUGUAGCUUUGCAGUUUGCUGGGCUUCACUAUAGACCAUCAUGGCAGGGUUUUGAGUACAAAUCUGGUAGGAAAUUCACGAGAAAUAUUUGCAAAGAUUAUCAUCAUCAUUCCAUACUUUCUCUUGAUACUCUGGAUUAAAUAAAACAUACAAUCCACGAAAGAAACUACGUUUUCCACACAACGGUUCGACAUCUUAGUCUAGUAUCUUCAUCAUGGAAGAUCUAAAAGUUGCAAAGUGGAUCCAUCCUUGUCUGUACUCAAGGGACGCCAGAAACGUGGAAAUACUCUUGUAAGAGUAGGCCAACGACGUCUUUCCUUCAAAAUUCGAAACCUCAGUUCUUUUUUUGCUCUUUGUGCUGUGAUAAAAUUCCCUUACAACAUUUCCUGUGUUUCACCAUGAAUCCUCAAACUUAAUUUCGGUGUUGAAUAUAUCCAUGCCGAAAUAACUGCCGCUCAAUUUGCCAAGUACCAUCGAUAAAUGUUUUAGUCGGAGAAAUUCAGACGUUAAUAUUUACAUGUCUGCCAGAUUUCACACCAAACCAAUUAUAAUUGUUAAAGUUUAUCAAUAUUAGCUACAUGUAAUUUCAGACGGUAAAGUUCCAGUUGACGAGACAAGCAAAGAACGUAAAGUUUUGACUUAUUCUUUGGUGCAGUUGAUCAUUAUCGGUGUUUUUGUUCUUCUUGGUCUGAUCUAUUCUCUGGGCUUUCUUUAUUUCAAUAUCAGCAAAAGAAGUCACAAGUAAGUUAUUAAUCUUGCUUGAGAGCCAUAACCAACUGUAUAGAUCUCAUUAUGAGAUGAAAAGAAAAAUGCAACUAUAGGCCCUAACCAGAAGCAUUCAGUUGCUAAAAGUGCAACUAUAGUAUAUAGUAUUUUUUUCUGCCAGAGUGGUUCGAAUGUCAUCUCCAAUGAUAAACAAUGUCGUUCUACUUGGUUGUGUCUUUUGUUAUGUUUUCGUUUUCUUGUUGGGAAUUGAUUCAAGAUUCGUUGAUGAUCACGUCUUUGGAAUUUUAUGCAACGUAAGCCAGGAUAUUAAAUUUACAAUUCCAUUAUCUGCGCGAUAAAAUCACUGAGCAGUGAGCACCGAUGCAGCACCUUAUCAAUAAACAAACUUGCAAUGAAGCUUGAAGAAGGAUUUAAGUAAUGAAAUACACAAUGGUGCUUUUUAAUUUAUACUGCAUUGUAUAUACACUCUAAACUUCUUGGUGUUGCCACUAUACGCCAAAAUUGUGUUAACAUUGCGUCAUUGCAGGUCUGUAGAACCUCAUAAUAAAACUCUUUACGAAAAAUAAGCUAAAUGAUUAAUUUGAUCGAACCUACCAACAAAUUGCCAUUUGGGUAUUUAUUAUUUUGUGUGAAAUCAAGCCAGUUUUUUAAAUGUGCUAUAAAUAAUACAAAAAUAUUUAUAGUUUUGAAUACCUGUAUAUAUAUUAAUAUUUUUAUGCAGGUCCGUCUGUAUGUCCUGGCAAUUGCAUUUUCGUUGGCUUUUGGUGCAUUAUUCAGCAAAACAUGGCGAGUACACAAAAUAUUUACAGCUCAACGUGCUCUCAAAAAAAAGGUGAUCGGUAUAAUUCAUGCAUAUGCUGACCUUGGUAACUUCUUAUAUAUUAUUAUAAGCCCUUGUCCUAACACGUGAGUUUUUUUCAGAUGAUGCAAGAUUUUCAUCUCAUUUUGUUUGUCUUGGUUCUUGUUCUCAUUGAUGUUGUGUUUAUUACUGUUUGGAUCUGUUACGAUGCAUUGGAACCUGAAGACAUCGUUUUCGAUGACUUGGUAUGUUUUAAUUGUGAUAACGUCUGGUAAAUAGCAUGUCAUAUAAAUAAAUUUGGAAUUUGACAAAAAAAUAUAUUUCUGAAAUUAGUAGAGCAGAUUUUAUCUGUAAGUUUAACCAAAUAAAUCACUCGUUUCGUUUUUUUAAUAACCAUGACUUGUUUAUGUAUGUUAUUGCAAUGAAAGUCAAAUCCGGGUGUAGAUUGGUGGUCAGGUAUUGCUUCGAUGUCCUAACAAAACUUAUUAAUCAAUUCUAAUCUGUUUGUAAAUAAUCUAAUACGUUUUCUAUUCUAUAUGUGCAUGUAUACCAGUUUAACAUUGUUUUGAGCACAAAACAAAUUCAUUCAUUCUUCCAUUUAAAAAUUUUUAAUAUACAGUUAUAGUAAAUGAAUAUGUUUAUUAACAUUUAAAUACAUAAAAUCUAAAUUGCUGGCAAGUGCCAUUACUAUAGCAUAUGCUGAUCAUCUCCUUUUUCUUCGGGAGUCCCGUUCGUACCUUUUUGGAUGUAAAAGUUAUUUCUUCUUAUGUAACUGUUAUUCUUAGACUUGAUAAUAUAUUGUAUGCAUUAUUGAUCCAAAUAAAAUUUAUGAAAACUAAAAUUACAUUUAUGAUCGUUAUAAGCAUUUUCAUCAUGACCAUGUCAUUAGUAUCAAUAUUGCAAAUUCCACAACGCUUGCAUCCACAACGAUAUAUUAUAUUUUUGAAAAAAACUCAGUUUCCACUUUGUUUACCACAGAUUGAAUAUUCAAAUGAUUUGAUCACAAUUCCAGUUCUAAAAAUCUGUGAGUGCACUCACAGAACAAAACUGCUUGGUGCUUUGUACGGAUACAAAGGAAUCCUCUUGCUGUUUGGCGUGUUCCUCGCGUGGGAGACACGAAAUGUGACAAUCCCUGCAUUAAAUGACUCCAAGUACAUCGGAAUGUCAGUCUACAAUGUCGUCAUAUUGUCAGCCAUUGGUGCAACAGUGUCGAUGGUUUUAAAGAAGACAGAAUAUUAUGAGUUACUUCACGUACUGGUGUCUGUUGUUGUUUUGCUUUCCACAACCGUCACUCUGACCAUGGUGUUUUUGCCCAAGGUAAAUGUGCAAGGCGUAUAAAAAAAGGAAAUCUAAGUUUAUCGUGUUCGCUUGCGUUAGAUAUUCGGAGUUUAUUGAUAAAAUGUUCACACAGCAGCAAAAUUCAGGAUUUUAAAAAUUUACUGUCCAAUGAUACUAUCAUAUCAUUAUAUACAUGGGUUUUCAACUUGGGGAACAUGUCCCCGAGGGGACAUUUGGCAAAUUCCUAGGGGACACAAACUGGUCUAGGACUGAGAAAACAAUAGUUGAAUACAAUAGUUGAAUACAAUAGUUUGUACUAUAAACAUGUUUGCUUGACUUUCUAUCUAUUAUUUAAAAUUUAAAUCAUUUACUAUUUUACUAACUAUUUUGAAAUUCGUGUUUUUGAUAGACUUCAGUGGGUAAUUUCUGUUCAGGGGACGUGGUAAUUCAAUCAUGUGAAAUCAGAGACACAUGAGAAAACCAGUUGAAAACCGUUGAUUAUAUAGAACAAAAGUUGCCGUUUGAAAUCCCAUUCUUCCACCAUUGGGAAUUGGGUGCAAAAAGUAUUGAAAAUAAAUCCCAUUUGGAUUAGAAAUCCGUGAACUUUAAUUUUAACGUUAGUGAUUAAAUACCGGGUGUCUUCCAAAAAACUGGAUACUGUUUGAUUUCAAAGAACGUAAAAGCUAUAAAAGCUAUCGCAAUGAAAUAAAGACCAUUGCAUUUAGAAAAAACUAACUUGGAUUUUGGUAUAUAGCACUUGAAUUUACAUGUAAAAUAGACUGCGCUAUUGAUGUUUGAACGUUAAACUACUGUUUUUGAAAAUGCCAAAAAUUAGCAUAUAGAACAACCUUAUAUUACCGAUGUAGUUAUAUACUUGUUAAAUAAUAUUUUUAUUUUGGUUGUAUCUCGCUCAUGCAAUAUUGCAUGUAAAUUUAAGUGUCAAGUAUUAAGUCUUUUCUGACGUGCCAUUUGGAUAGUCGAAACUUUGAAUCGCGGUCUAUGCAGGGAAAACAAGAUGGAGGAAUUUUGGGCACAAAUCGAAGGCGAAAUGUUGUUCCAAAAUGUAUUGUAUCUUUCUUUUAGGUGUACGAGUAUUAUACUACACCUGUUGAACCCCAAGAAAGAGUUCGUACGAUGGAAACUUUAAAUAUGAGGGAGAGAUCUACGACAACCACGGAUGAUGUGUAUGAAGUCUAUAUUGAACGAAAAGAUGUCAAGCACAAAUGGGUACAAACUGAAGACUUUGAUCGAGGUAGUGAUAGUCUCAAGUUUAACAUUAGCAAAUUAUUCUUUUUUGAGGGUCUGGAGGAGGUCGAAGUAAACAUUUUCCAGCCCACUUUUUCCUCUUAAUCUCAUUUCCAACCAUUAAUCUUAAACAAAAUCCCAGUCCCAAAUCUCAAACUGAAAGACAAACUCCAGAACCCCAGAACAGGUGCUUCAUCUAUGUGUUAAUUUUGAAAUACAAUUCGCAUUUAUUUGCUCUCUUUAAAAAACAGUUUUUCUGAGUGAAAGGAUCCAAUGUCAUUGUUUACAAUUAAAUAAACUUGGUAGUAUAGCACUUACAUGACGAGCCAAGCCCGUUGUGUAACGAUGUAAGUAAAUCACUGACUCGCAAAUAGCAGAAAAAAUGACCUAAUUGAGACGGAACAGGCCGACUUUUCACGGACUAUUUUAAAAAACUUCUUGAUCAAAAGUUGCUCCAAUAAUUUUUUCAGUAUUAUAUAUAAGUUAUUUAACUCGGUCUAUAAAAUGGUAUGUAAUUUUUCUCAUAAAAUGGUAUAUAUUUUUCUUAUUCUAUACUGAAAAUGGUAGCUAUAUAGUUUUCUUAUAAAAAAAAAUUCAAAUCGGCAUACCUCAAUGGACCAUUUGCAUUAUAGACUAAAUUGAUGUAGCCAAAAAUUUCAUCACAGCUUGAAAGAGCAUCACAAAAUUAGCCAGUAAUAUUCCAAAGUUUCGUUGCGAAAUGUUGUAAAAUGCGGAUAAUAUAGCCUUGCGAAAUUUGCAAUUUUCAGUCAUUUUGUAUUACAAACAGGAAAUUGAUGCCCCAUGCAACACCCGUUUGGGCUUUCAAUUUCCCGUGCGUAAUACAAAAUGACUGAAAAACGGAAAACUUCGCAAGGCUAUAUUAUCCGCAUUUUACAAUAUUUCACAACGAAACUUUGGAAUAUUACUAAUUUUGUGAUGCUCUUUCAAGUUGUGAUGAAAUUUUUGUCUAGAUCAAAAUUUAGUCUAUAAUGCAAAUGGUCCAUUGUUCACUCCUGAAAAACUUCCAAAAACGAUCAUAUUACCGUCAAAUUCAAGAACUGGAAGAGGAGACACGUAUAAAUCAAGAUGAAAUUGAUGGUAAUCAACAGUCCAGGUUUGGACAGCGAGUUGAAGUUUUAGAUGAAGAAGAGCGCUGGGUGAAUUAUGCAGAACAGGCUCUGGCAAUGCUGAAUCAUGAAGUGAUGUGGAAAGCAAUCGUUGAAGCAUGCAAUAUUUUAAAGUAUCCUGAACCAUCAGAAACACAAAGAAAUUAUUUUGAAACACUUUUUGACAUGUCAUGUUUCGUUUGGUAUCAAAUGUAUUCCGAGUUCGAAAGAACUGUUCCUCUAAGCAAUCCCAUGGACUACAUUAGCUGUGUUUACAUUUGUUUACAAUCGAAGUUCGAACUUUUAAAUGAACUUGCGAACUUCGUUGCGAAGUUCCCUGCCCAACUGGCAUAGUACAAAACAUGGACUGACAGUUGGACUGGACUGAAAAGUUGGACUGGACUGAUUUCUACACUUUCUCUAUUCUUGACGUGCAUGUCAGCUGCCAUAUCAGGUGGUCUAUUUUGUGAUUUUAAGCUACGUUUACACGCUGCGAUUUGUCGGGCCGAUUUUGGUAAAUAAUCGAUGCCCCUUCUUCGACAUUUAGCGAUUUAAAAGUUCAAUUGAAGCUGUCCGCUCUCUCGUCUGUUCAUGUUAUAGUUUUCUGCGUGCGAAAAGUUUUCAACAACUUUACAACGGAAGAAAAAUCGUUGAAUCGUGAGAAAAAUCUGUGGUUUUGUUACAGAUUUUUCUCCCGAUUUUGUGAAUCGCAAAGCGCUGACGCGAGUACUUACAUACAGCGAGCAAAAUCGGCCCGACAAAUCGCAGCGUGUAAACGUACCUAAUUACUUGUGUUAGAAGUGGCUUCUCAAACGAAUCAAUACUUUAAGAGAAAGCAAUGUCUGACCGCUUAUUAAGACCCGUUUACAUUUGUAAUUUUUGCUGCGAUUUCUAGUGCGAUUUUUUCUUAAUGUUCUGAAUUUAAUUAAAUGUACCUUCAUCAGAACAUUCAUAAUUCAUCCACUCGUGACUCGUCACAUGCAUCAGAAGAAGAAAACCGCACUAGAAAUUAAUCGCAGCAACAAUAGACAAUUCCCAUUAUAGACUAAUUUUAAAAUUAGGUAAGGAAACUCAAAUAAAUCACCACAGCUAGAAAGAACAUACUAAAAUUAGUAAAAUUACAAAGUUUGGUUGCGAAAUGUUGUAAAAUGAGGAAAAUAUAGCCUUGCAAAGUUCGCAAAUUUUGUAUACUUUUGUAUUGCUUGCGGAAAUUCCUACCACAUUCCUACCACAUUUAGGCCGAAAAUGUCACACGCAAUACAAAAGUAUACAAAAUUUGCAAACUUUGCAAGGCUAUAUUUUCCACAUUUUACAACAUUUCGCAACCAAAGUUUGUAAUUUUACUAAUUUUAGUAUGCUCUUUCUGGCUGUGGUGAUUUAUUUGCAUCUCCUUGCCUAGUUUUAAAAUUAGUCUAUAAUGGGAAUUGUCUAUUGAUGAUUCCCCUUAUUACGUUUUCGUAGCGCUUUGCAUUGUGGUUAUAGUGGUAUCACUGAUAAAGAUAGCGGCCUCGAACGAAAAUAUUGGAUAUUUUCGCGAAUAUUUUGCUGUUAUAGCUGUCGCGCACCUGACCCUAGCUUUUUUAAAAGUUCUUGCACGGGUCAGGACAAAAAUUAAGCCAUCUUGAAUAUCAGUGAUACCACUAUAACCACAAUGCAAAGCGCUACGAAAACGUAAUAAGGGGAAUCGUCAAUUGCAAAUAUAAAUGGGCCUUUAUAAUCUGUUUUAAUUCAAUAGCACCCAAUGACACAAUGUAUGGCGAUGUGCAACCAAGAAGAAACGAAGGGUUCUGUGAGGACAAGGAGGAUUAAAAAGUGUUAGAGAUAAUAGUACGUAAUAUUAUCUCCGUAACACCUGAUAUUAAUAGAAAUAACUCUAUAAUAGUUGUUUCUAGAUAUUCGUAUAUGUAACUUAUAUGUUAAAAGGGCCCAUAGUAAUUGGUUUUAACUGCAUGUUGUGGUGUAUCCACCAUUCGACACUAUGGUAUAAUAUUGUAUUGGUAUUGUAUCCAUGCCAUUCGUGUAAUUUUAUCUGUCGAAGUUGAGUAAGUUGAAUAAAUAAAUAAAAAAAUUAAAUUAAAAAUAAUUACGGUAAAAAUAAUUCAGUAGAAUAGUUUAUUUGCCGGCAAUGUGUGUUAUUUCUAAGUUAAUCAGGAAAUUUUAACCAGAGUGCGUAUUGUUAGAGAGUGUGGUCAUAUGUAUACCCUGACUCUUCCACAGUCCCUCAUCCGUUAUCCGUACGCGCGGUCGCCCGCGCUCCCAUUGUUUUCCACUGAUCUCUAUUCCAACUGAAGCGACGAGGGACGAGGCAGAUGUACACCCAUAGUCUUUCAAGAUAUGAUGAUGUGGAAACUAAACAGAAGUAAUUGUAUUAUGUUUUUGUUUGAGUUUAUGUUAAUGGUGAUUCCAGAUAUAGACUAAAUUUUGAUCAAGGCAAGAAGAAUGAAAUCCAACACCACAGCUGUAGAACUAAAGAGCGUCUUAGAAUGAGUAAAACUGCAAAGAUUAAUUGGUUGCAAAAUGUUGUAAAAUGAGGAAAAUAUAGCCCUGCAUGUGAAGUUCGCAAAUUUUGUAUAUAUUUGUAUUACGCGUGGUAAAAAAACUAUAAAUAAAAAUAACCCGGCACUUUCGGCUCAAAAAUGGUUAUUUUUCCCGCGCGUAACGCAAAUAUAUAUUUGCCAAUAAAUAUAUUUGCGAACUUCACAGGGCUAUAUUUUCCUCAUUUUACAACAAUUCGCAACCAAACUUUGCAAUUUUGCUCAUUUUAAGAUGCUCUUUUCAGCUAUGGUAAAUAUGGUAUCGUUCUUCUUGUCCAGACAAAAGUUUCGUCAUAAGCUGCCUAUCCGCCAUUUUGCACGGUCACGAUGAUUGAGCUCAUUGUAUUUUUCAUAUAAUGAAGUAAUCAUCCAAUAAGGAUAUAGCUAAGAUGAAACGUGCAACGACGAUGAAUAAUAUAUAUAUUUAAUGAAGUUGAGACAAAGGAUUUGUGCACGGUGAGAUACAGUUCAACAUCAAACAAAGGUCUUUCAUUUUGCAGCUUUGAAGUUUGCUGGGCUUUCAGACCAUAUCCUGACAGACCAUGGUAACUGUAUUAAAAAAAUACAAUGUAAAAUGUUGUCAGAUUAAAUACGUACUAUACAACAGCAACUUCGAAUUUAUAGAAUACUAAGCGAUUCCUGAGGUUUAUUUUAGAUAUGACAGAUAAAUCCCAUCCACUUAAAGGAUUAUGGGAUCUAACUACCUGACUUAUUGUUAUAUUCUUCAGCUAGUUUCACCCUGUAAUCCCUUGUUAAGUAUUAUGCAAAUAACCAUGUUUAUUAUUAUGAAUCCACUGGUAAAAAAUUUUUUAAGCGACAGCCGAGUAAAACGGAAAAUUCCACUGAAUCACAAAAUACUGAAAAUUCUUUCAAGAUUCUUUCUUUAAGAUUCUUUACACUGAAUCACAAAAUACUGAAAAUUGAUAAAUUUUAUCGAUUUUUCAAUUAAGUGAAUUAAAUACAAAGAAAAUAUACCUGUGUUGUUACAUGUGCAUUGUUAAAAAAUAAUUAAAACCAACAAAAAAAAGUGCAAAAAAAUGUUUUAGUGAAAAUUAAUAUGAUAAUGGCGGUAAUUUAACUCAACAUUAUCGUAAAAAAUAUUAUAUCUUUACACCCUGCACCAUCUCGCUUCGCACGAGUUAUGUAUUUGAAUUUAAUUCGUCGGUGUCAGUAUGAAAAUUCUGGUUAAAUGAGUUACGAUGACGAUACGAAUAGGAUUUUGAAUGAUUGAAUUUAAUAGUUUAAACCGCUCAGCAAAAUGGUAGGCCUAAACCGCCUAAUUUUUAUUUCAUACAAUUUUUAUUCCGUAUCACGUGAUCAUAAUCAGCCAAUUAAAUGACCAGAAUGGAAAAGGAAAUCACUACCAUGCUGUGGUUUUACUGAUAUGUGAUAAAAACAUUCCUGCUCGUGUUUUAAAUAGUACUUAGUGUAAAAAUGCAUUUCUUAGCUUGAAUUCCCACUAAUAAUCAACAGUGUAAAAAUGUGAAACAAUAAAUAGCUUUUUUUUGGACACCAUGAACAUUCGGAUAUCGCUUUCCUUAAAUGACGUCAUGCUACAAAACGUUCUUUUUCCAUGAACAUGAACACCGUGACAACAUUAGGUCGUUGAAGGUGAAUCUUACUAUUGUUGCUCUCGAUGUCUGACACAAAUGCAAUAUCUCAAGUGUUAAUUUAUAAGAGCACUUAUCUUGUUCUUGAGGCAAUGCAUGCGGACGAAGAAAACAAGGUCAAGAACCAGAUGAUCUUGAUACGCGGAAAAGUACUGGCACUAAUUGUCAAAUAGAAAUCCAUUUUAUGAUUAAAACAUCUCCUGUAAUAUACUUAAAUAUCUCCUGUAAUAUACUUUAUUUCACUUCCAUAUUUUUGUCAGAGCUAUAGUUCUCAUAACCAAACAUAAUUACAAAAUUUCAACUAGUUUCAUAAAGAAUAACGAAAGAUAUAAUUGACUGAAUACAUCAAAAUGGAUUUCUAUUCGGACAACCCUUUCUGAGCGCUGAUUGGCUAAAGUACGAACACGAGAUCACCUGGAACGAUUUGCCGUUUACGUCGGAAAGGGAAAAGCGACUACCAUACCUCAAUUUAUAAAGCUAAAGUCACUCAGUUUUCCACUUUAAUCGUAUCGUACCGAAUUAACCGAAACGUAGCGUAUUUCUUUGUUUCAUGAGCGGUAUAGUGUAGAAAUAAUGACACCAAUGACUUCGAUGCAAUUCGUUUGCGAAUUUGCUUUAGAAAACUCCAGAAAUGCAGUCCUAGAGCUUAAAAAAUGCUGAUAUUUUUGGAGGGCAGGGCCCUCAGACCCCCCUUUACUUCUGAAACUUAGUAUGACAGUGCAAAUCAAUCACAAAAAGCUUUAUUAUUGAAAUCAGGAAAACAAGCUUAAAUUCGCAAACUAGCUACACGACUUUAUAUUUUUGAAGUAUUUAUAUUUUUUAGUCUUGAAGUAUUCUGUAAGGCGACAUUGAUCACCUUGGUUGAAAUUGAUCAGUUUCAAAAGAAAACUGUAACAGAUGGCAACUAUUUUUAUGGUACCCCCAGGAAAAUCAUACAGAAUCAAAUCAAUUGAGAACUGCAUGGCAAGUCGUGGAGAUAUACCAGCCAUGUCAUUCAUAGUUACUGCAGUAAUACCCCAUGCCCCAUUGCCAUGCAAUGUUUUCAAUUGUUCUGAGAAAAAAUCGCCACAUUCACUUCACUAAAUUAAACUGGUUUUUCAAAAAUAGUAUAUCGUAUCCCACCGGGCACACGAUGUUGUUUCAACGUUGAAAUUUGGUUGAAAAAAGGUCGCGACGUCGACAACCCGCGGCUAAUGUCAACGUUGCUCUCACGUUGUUUUACAAACGUUGGUCAACAGCAGCAAACAGACGUCGAAUCAACGUUCGUUUAUGGUUGGUUAUAUGACGUCAACUUGUGAAGUGAGUAUUCUCAACGUUGUUUCAACGUGGAUUCAACGUUGAAUUAUGGUCGACGAGAUUGGCAACGUAAUCUGAACGUUGUUUCAACGUCAAAAGAGUAACGUCAAUCCAAUUUGCAUUAUCAAUCCUUUUUCAACGUCUAUCCAACGUCUGGGUGAUCAUUUCCAACGUUGAUUCAACGUUGAAUAAACAUCAUUUUGCCCGCUGGGACCCGCUUUAACGAAACGUUUCAUUAAUAAAAUUAAUAUUUCCUGAGCUUAUGCCUAUGGCUAUGGUCUGAUUUAUUGCCACACAGACAUUUUGAGAUGCGGCUUAUAGACAGUUCUGUUAUAUACAAUAUUUGAAUAAACAUACAGUAUAUGAUGUUUUAACACAUGAUAUGCACACUGUGAUUGGAGAUCUUUGUCUUUGAACAUUUCAGUGCCUACUAGCAUACUCUGGGAUACUUUCUUUUAGAAAGGUUUCGAAUUCAAUUCUCUCCAGUCUAACGCGACACAGCAUGCCCAUUUUGGAGGAUGACUUCAGUACUAGCUGGCAACAUCCGAAAAACUACUCGGAAGUUUGCAACAAUUAUGGCCAUGUUGUGCAUGGUAAUGAUGUCCGCAUCACGUUAUUCCGCACAACUCAUUGCUUGGACGCGUGACUUGGACGUUUUCCAGGGCGCUUAUUCAGGUAGCCUGCGUGGCAGGCGCUAUUAGGGGGUGGGGGGUGCGAGAGAAACUCGGGGGGAGGCUCAGGAUGCAUUGAGCCUUGGUGCACCCUAGUUUAUUAUUCCACUCUGUCUAACGCCAGACGAUUUACUCCGGUCAAGGAGAGAGCGCUGGCAAUUAUUUUGAAUUUAUUGAAAACAAACUUUACAACCACUGGAGAUUGAAAUAUACGUCUAUCGUUUACAAUCAUGUUUUGGGACUUGGAAAUAUUUAAAUUUACAGUUAUUAGUAAAAUAUUUACACAAAACAAGAGUGCAAAGUUAGGCUAAAACUAAGAGAAGUUUGAGUAUAUUAAAAAUGCGCACAGUUUGGGAUAUCAAACUACAGCAUCGCUAUAUAUGCCGGAACUGAAUGUCGAAUCAAUAGACCUUUCCCCUUUUGAGUGAAAUUUUGAUCUGGACAAAAAUUUCAUCACAGCUUGAAAGAGCAUCACAAAAUUAGUAAUAUUCCCGAAGUUUCGUUGCGAAAUGUUGUAAAAUGCGGAUAAUAUAGCCUUGCGAAGUUUGCCGUUUUUCAGUCAUUUUGUAUUACGCGGGGGAAAUUGAUAAUCAGAUGAUCAAACUGAUUAUCGACUUCCCCAUUUGUAAUACAAAAUGACUGAAAAACGGCAACUGACUUCGCAAGGCUAUAUUGGCUAUAUUAUCCGCAUUUUACAACAUUUCGCAACAAAACUUCGAAAUAUUACUAAUUUAGUCAUGAUGCAUAUGCUGGGGACGGACCGGACAGUACAGGAAUUAACAUGAUGACAUGCAGCUGUAUUACCAUCGGUAUAUUGCACAAUUGCUUUGGAUUGAGGAUGACGUGACAGGGAAGUCCAAGAGUAACAAAAUGUCUUUCUUUUAUAAAUAGUGUGCCUGGCGUCUUGGCGUAGGCGGAAGUUGAUGAUCGGACAAGCUUCGAAUAUUGUGGGCCGACAGACAAAGAUGGUCUUGCAGACAAUAUAGGACAAGUUUUGCUGUUAUAUAUAUAUAGUGUUUUUGUCUUUGACGUGGAUACAAUAAACUUCCCAAGAAGAAGACGAGAGAUGCAUGCAUGCAAGAUAACAAGACAUAUGAGCGCCUGGUUUGUAGGGAAUUUUACUGAGUGGAAUGAAUUAUUUUUGUGUUCAUAUAUAUCACUGUUUUUAUCCCGGUGGAAUGAAUUUAAGCUACCGUUACACUGUAUCGGAUAGCUCUUCGUAGCGACGUGAAAGAACACCUAUAUACGUACCUUUUAGGAACGCUAUUUUUAGAGGAAGGAAUUGAUUGCAACGUUUCAUUGCAUUCGAGGCAUCUUUAUUCUCAACAAAGGUAGUUUUGUCCUCCUAGACAAAAGACAAGACACUAUAGGCCAACAACACUAGAGCAAAGGACGAUUGCCCUCAUUGGACCUGUAAUUAAGGGGAACAGUUUCAUAGUAGAACUGAUUGAGCUAUCUAGUACGAUAAAUAUUUAAUAUUAGCCAGUUUAGUUUAGGUUUCCUCCUCUAAUAACACUGGAUCAUUAAGGGAUGAUCCUUACUGGAUCUCUAGGAAGAACAGUUUAGAACUGAUAGAGCUAUCCAGUGUAAAUAAAGUUAGUUUAGUUUAGGUUUCCUCCUGUAGUAACACUGGAUCAAUAAGGGAUGAUCCUUACUGAACCUCUAGGAAGAACUGUUUAGAACUGACAGAGCUAUCCAGUAUAAAUAAUGAGUAGUUUAGUUUAGGUUUCCUCCUGUAGUAACACUGGAUCAAUAAGGGAUGAUCCAUACUGGACCUCUAGGAAGAACAGUUUAGAACUGAUAGAGCUAUCCAGUAUAAAUAAAAUUAGUUUAGUUUAGGUUUCUGUAGCACAAAUAAGAGAUGGUAUCGUUACUGAACUUUCAAGGAGAACCGAUUUCAGCAGUAGAGUUAUUCUGUAUAAAUAGGAUCAGUUCAUUUUGGUUUCUUCCUGAAGACUGAAGAACACGGUUUAGAACUGAUAGAGUUAUUCAUUAUAAACAAAGUUAGCCUUUCAUGCCUUUCAUCUUGUAUAAUACUGGAUCAAUAAGAGAUGUUCCUUAUUGAACCUCUAGGGAAAACAGUUUAAAAUUGUAAAGCUAUCCAGUAUAAAUACAGUUAGUUUAGUUUUAAGUUUCCUCCUGUAGUAACACUGCAUGGAUCAAGAAGGGAUGCAUAUACGAUCCUUACUAAAGCUAUAUAUCCUUGCAUAAAUGAAGUAAGUUUAGUUUCCUGUACAUAUAUAGUAACACUGGUUCAAUAAGAGAUGGGAGAACAGUUUAGAAGGAAAGAGUUAUCCAGUAUAAAUAAAGUCUAUACUUUAGCUUAGGUUUCCUCCUGUAGUAACACUGGAUCAAAUAAGAGAUGACUCCAACUGGACCUCUAGAGAGAACAGUUUAGAAUUGAUAGAGCUAUCCAUGCAGGAUAAAUAAAGUUAGUUUAGUUUAGGUUUCUCCGGUAGCAACACAGAAUCAAUAUUAACACGAGAUUAUCCUUACUGGACCUCAAGAGAGAACAGUUUGGAACUGAUAGAGCUAUCCAGUAUGAUAAAAGAUAGUUAAGUAGUAUAGCAACACAGAGAGGAUGGCCCUUACUGGACCUCUAUAGGGAGAACAGUUUAGAACUGAUCUCCCAGAUUAGGUUUCCUUCCGUACGGCGACAACAAAGUACUGGAUCUUUCUGGGAGAACAAAUUGCACGAGAACUGAUAUGAUAGAGCCAUUCAAUAUCAAUAAUUAUAAAGUAAGUUCACACGACAGUAAAAGUUUUACCUACAAGGUCAUUAACGCGUUUGCCAUUAUAUUAGUGGUUAGAUUAUUCAAGACAGCUAAUAUAUGACUGAAUCGGUGUACUCAAAUAUAGCUUUAAUCGUUCAUAAUAGAUCAAAUUAUCCUUUCUAGAAAGGGCAAAGGUGCAUCAUUGCUCGGGUUGCUAUGUUGUAACCAAUGGCAACUACUACGUAUAUAAUGAAAGACAGUUUUACUAGACUCUCGUCUAAAUGACCUAGUAAUUUUCCUUGGUAUCCUGUAGGAAGUGUGGGCUCACUGCCGCCCGAUGUCUAUAUAACUUAUCUCAGCUAAAUUGGGACAAAAUACCCUUUCUUUAACUUGUCGUAUGUUGCCCACGUGCCCUAAUUGUAUCGGAUAAAGUGUCUUUGACCAUUUCACCGAUGACAUUAAACAAACAGUAUGCAAUGACGUCAAACUCGACUAAUGGCGCCAAGAAUCAUAUGUUCAAUAUCGUAGCUGCAUCAUAGGGAUCAUAUAGGCUAUGACUAAUUGAGACUACCUUUCGCUCUGUACAGUACAAAUUUCUCAUGUCAUUUAUGACAAAUUCAAUGUUGAAUUGAAUUUAUGUCAUUGACUUGUAGAAGGCCUUUCCGAAUGUUUCUAGGAAACAAGGCAUAGUUUGAACUAUUUAUGCAAUGGGACUGGAACAAAGCCAUAAAACCGUGGACGUACGUGGGGAACAUGUAAACUGGGGUCUUUUGAUAUAUACAUGCAUAUACCUACAUAUGUACAUACCGGAAAAUUUCAUUUUUAUUUUCUUUAUAAUUCAUAUGAUUAUUUGCGAAUGAAAAUGAAACGUGACGUUUUGCACAAAAAAACCAAAACAAUUAAACUUUUACCACCUGCAACUCAACUCUACGAAGUUAAUCUGCUUAUUUGAAGACCCAUAUGACGUCAUCAUGCAAAGGUGUACUGUAGUGUAUUAUUGAUUUGUGUCCAAAUUUUUAUAACUAGUUCGAACAGUAUGUCCAGAACUCGGUUCAUUGUGAUUUUUUGUAUUCUUUUUUCAUGGACAAUGAAAUUGAAGUUUGGCGUUGCUGGAUAUUUCAAUAUAAUACUGGCACUGAAGAAGCAAAUCCAUUGAAAUCGUUUGGCCCACAUAAUACAUCAUUAAAAUUACCCCUAGCUAUUGUUUUGGCUUAUCUCCCUUUAAUAUAGCUCUUUCACUAAACCGUAUAAUUUGGCCAUAUAUAUCAUGAAACUAAAACAGUUUUCAAUGCAACCAUUGAUCCAUGCACGCCUAUUUAAAGAAGUAUACGUACCGAUUAAAAUUAAACUCGAAAUUGAAAAUGUCUACUUAUUUAUUAUUAAUAACUACCCCGGAAUUUGCCAGCAAAAGUUAUUUUUAUUUAACUUUGGCCAAUGGCGAUAUUGCCACAAUAGUAACACUCAAAUAGCCCAUCCUACUUUCUAUAAUUAAUUCUUUCGUUCUCUUUUGCCCCUGUAUAAUUUCUAUACAAAAAUAUCUUUUUAUAGCCGGGAAGCAUUAUAUAAAAUUGGCAGAUAAAAUCUUUAUUCGCAAAUAAUAAAAAGCUUCUUUAUUGCCUGUUGAAUUGAAUACCUAUUUAUGCAGUAUUCUUCAGCGCAGUUUGAGGCUAUUAGUUGACGGCGGGCGGCAUGAGAAGCCCUCUUUAUUUCGGCCAAGUCAUGCAUUUAGCGUUGGCAAAAAGCGGCCAAAUUUACCGCUAAAUCGGAAAAUUUUAGAAAGAUAUUAAGGGAAAAUGUUUUAAAGAAUUCCUUGGCUACUUUUCUAUUAAAAUAUACGGUAAAUAGUGUAGAUUUUUAUUUGUUUUUGUCGAAGAAUCGAAAAUUAUUCAUUUUGGCUCACACGUGUGCGUGUGUCCACGGAAUGAAAAGCAAAACAAUGGCAUACCAAAUAUGGCGCUUGCGGUUGGUCACAUGACCUGCUGGCUUUGGGAAUGGUAUUUAUAGCACAUAAACAUGGCGAGAGGGCGAAAAUAUAAAACGAGUUGACGAGCGUUUGGCGUUCAAUUUCGUUAUAAAAACACACCGUACGGUCGCAAUGUCGAAGAAGGCCGAAAGUGGGAGGACAUUUAAUGUCGGUGUCAUAGGAUUAUCGGGUUUAGACCACGAGAAAAGCCUGUACGGCGUUGGAAAAUCGUGUCUUUGUAAUAGAUUCGUACGGCCUCUCGCAGACGAGUACAUAUAUGAACACUCAUCAAUAUAUAGUUCUACGGACUUUGCGAGCCGUGUUAUAAACAACGAUCACUAUUUAUAUUGGGGUAGCGUUAUUAAACAGUCGGACGAUGGAACAGAUCUUACAUUUCAGCUCAUAGAACAAACGGAAUUUAUUGAAGAUUCUAGCUUUACAACGUUAAACCGAGGAGGGCAACUCACUUCGUACGUGAAACGUUGUACUGCCCUUAAACUCCAAUCACAGGAGAAGUUGAUGUACAUAAGUCGAGAUCAAGUAGCCCUACAGAAUGACUAUGAACAAGUUCAACUGCCUGGCGGUAAAUUUAAUGUUGACGGGUUUGUUUGUGUCUACGACGUAUCGUCGCGAGGCAAGGCUGAGGAUCAAGAAAUGUUGUACGCUUCGCUCUUGACUGUUUUGCAAAAGACGAAAAAGCCGAUCGUAGUUGCGGCUACGAAAUGUGACGAUCUGCGUAAGACUUCGCUAGACGACUGUCAUAAACUUUUCACAAGCAAAAAACUUACGAACGUACCGAUCAUAGAAUGUUCUGCCGAGGAAAAUGUAAACGUCGAUUUGGUAUUUUUAUUGCUAGCUCAGCUGAUCGAGAAGGGUCGAAUUCGUUCGAGAAUUACUCCUUACAGCGAGGCGGUUCAAAGCCACAGGGAAAAGAUCAGUAACGCUUUAGAUAGUUACCAAAAACUUGUCGAGAAGCAAGUGAAUAAUUUCCAAUCAAUUUGGAAAAACACGAAAAAGGUUUUCGAGACGGAGCCAGAGUAUUUGGCAGUGCGAGAUUUGUCUGGAAUCGAUACAUGUAAAAAGAUAUUUAAUAAGCAUAUACGCCGCUUAAAAAAAGAGGCAGAAGAUAUUAAGUUAGCGGAGUAUUUGAUUAAAAUUCCAGCAUCUUUAAACGAUUUUUUCCCGACGAUUCAGAGCGUCGAUGCAUUUCAGCAGGACUGGACGAAGGGACAGGCGACCAUCAAGGAUCAUGUGUAUUUUGAUAAAUGGUUCACAGAACUAUCCAACGGUAGUUCGUGGCAGGAUAGCGAGAAUUUGAUCAGUCAUAAUUUUCUAGUGCCUUUUGAUGUCCUUGCUUCCGACGAGGCGAAGCUUUGUUUUACGAAACAUGUCGAAAAAUUAAGAGAGGCCGAGCUGUGUUCUCGAAUGAGAAAAGAGUUCAAAAGAUUGCUCCAACUAACACCCCAAAUACAGCCGGGGACUCCUUGGGACGAUGCCGUUUUGCUCUUAAAGAACGAGGAAAGCUACAAGUAUCUUAGCGAUAACGAUAAAUUGGAUAUCUUCGAGAAAUAUCAAGGGGAGAUUAGAGCACAGGGUCGCAUCGAUUUACAAGAAUUGCUUUUCGAAUCUGCGAAAUUGUUUGCAAACUUUGGUCCGUCUUGCCGACCCACCGUUGAAAAAUUGCAUCAAAUUCGCAACGAAUUGCAGAAAGAUGAACGUUAUCGGCGUUUUGAUAAUUUGCCAAACGAAAGGGACACUUUACUCUGGAAUCAUAUUGCCCUCAUACACAGUCCGACGCGAUGUUUGGCUGGCGAGGGAAAAUGUAUGGAUACACUCAUACAAGAUGUAGUCGCUACAACUGAUCAACGGUACGUGAAAUUUUAUAAUAUUUAUGUCUGUUGUGUUAGGUUUCACAUAGUGGUAAAAUGACAGUAAAUGGAAACGUGCUUGUUCCUGUAUAUAAACACCGUAGUUGUGAACUUUAUAUCGCCAUCUGCUAAAAUCCACUAAUUUAUUUUUUGAUCAUUAAUCGUUCACUAACAUGCUUUUAUAAACUCCCACCCAACAUUUGAUUGAAUUAUAAAUAGAGAGUAGCGGUCUCGGCGGUGAAAAAUUUAACGAAAUAGUUAAUAGUUUAGCCUUUCAUAUAAUAACCAUUGGAAUUCCAUAGUCCUGAGCCGACAAUGAAAUCCAACAUAUCUUAAAUGUUUUGUUCGUGUUUGCCAUAGCGGGGCUUUUAAUACUGUCUGGUUUAAUGACAAUAUUUAGCUGUUCCUAUUAAAUUUAUCGAAAUUUCGCGUAGACCGUCAAUAUUUACUGAUGAAAUAUUAGAAACUGUAAUAUUUUCACUGAGUGAUGAAAAUAUGUUGUGAAAUCUACAUUUUGGAAUGUUCGAAAUUUGGCACCUAAAUCACUAAAUGGCUUUCCAAGACAAGAAAUGUACAAAUUGAACCGUUAGCGACCCGGUUCAAAAAUACAAACGUUCUUUACUAUGUUGUAAUCCGUUUAAAUAAAUAGUAGGCGCGUAUUUAAGGAAGAAAAUCAGUUUUAAGAGGCAUUUAUGUAAAAAUUGUGUCGGCGCUUUUGAACUGAAAUUGACUUGUUCAAGAUAUCGGUCGCGUGUCAGUCACCGUUCUUGUCGAUUUCAACAUUAUUUUUUGUUUACAUUUGCGCCGAAUAUGGCGUUAAUUUUUCGUCUUUGAAGGAAACAUUCGCGUUGUUUUGAUUUCGCUCUAAGAUAAGUCCGUAGUGUCGGAAAAACGCAUGUGUCACUAAGUAGAUAUAUCCUGUAUAAAAUUGUUGUUAUAAACUAUAGAAUGGAAAUUAAUAAAUAUUUGAGCGCCAUUUUAUUUUCGACAGAACGUUCCAAUUCCGUUCACGUAGUUGCAAUUUCGAGGCAAAUCAUACCGAAUCAAAAGUAUCAAUUUUUAUGUUUUGCAAUGAGGACACUGUACUGUAUAAGCCAUUUUACACUAUCAAAGUUUCUGUGAUCACAGUAGGAAUUUUGCAUAGGUAAAUUCUAAGUUUUGAAGGAUUUGUGAGAAAUGUGUGAGGGAACUGCAUGACUCUGUGUUCAUAACACUGAUCGCAGAAACUUUGUAAACCAGACCAGCCUUGUGGUAUAAUACUCUCAUGAUAGCUUUAUUAUAUUAAAUUGUCAUUUUUGAUCCUGCUUUUUGGCUGCUUCACUUGCAUUCCACAUGGUAUUUAGCCAAUUUAAUUAAUCGAAUUGAAACUAAAAAUUUCUGAUAGAUUAUUAAGCAAUGCCGACAAAUAGUAUUAGUUAUGUGAAAUUAUGUGUGGGAAAUUUUGGCCAAUAUAUUAAAUGCGUCUCGAAGCAUCAGAAAGUCAUGCACGCUAAUUUGUUAGCAUACCAAAGUGAUAUUGGCCUGUCUUUGUCCGAAUUUUUUAUUGAUUUUAUACACCUAAUAUAUUAUUUUAAGCAAUAUUCUAAUGCAUUAUUAUAAGUUUAUAUUAAUUUUGUUGAUCUCAAAUUGAAAAAGUAUGUCUAAAUAUUAGUAAUAAUACGUUUAAUUAAAUAAAUGAAUAUAAACAAUUUUCUAAAGUGUCUACCCCCUCGGAGUGUAACAUUAAUUUCACAUGCAUUAAUUGCCACGUUUCCAUUGUUUGGGCUUUAUAGUUGUGUGAAAAAGUUAUGCAUUAUUGAUUGUGUGAUACUUUUUUAUUUUCUCAAACUUUAUAUGCAUGCCUCAAACAGCUGUAAGGGUUGACUCAACCCAUAGUUCCUGAAAAAAAUACCUGUGGUUCUGGUUCCUGACCGACCCUAUUAUUUUUUCAAUGCAAUUGACUGUGCAACUCUAUUUUCUCCAGGCGGUUGUGGGCUGCUCAAUUACAGCGUGCCAAAAUGGCGUCUGUUGCCACACUAAUUAUUGAACCAAAUUGCCUAAAUUUGUCCAUAGGAUUUACACAUCUCUAGUUAAUAUUGAUGUCGGGACUGUACUGAAAAUCGUCCAGCAAAAAAACGCCAAAACCAUGAAAAAAAUAUUCAAAAUUUCCGACCUACCGACCCUAAUUUUUUCAUGAUAUGAAAUGACAAAAUCUGCUGAUUGAGAAAGAUAAAACUUCAAUGUUUUGAGCAAAAGCCAUUUGCCAACAAAGGCCCUUCGCCAACGAAGCACCUUCCCCAAAAUGUCACAGUUCUGCUUGUAUUUCUCAUGUAGUUGUGUCUGUCUCAAUCUCAGGGCCGUAGACACGGGAGGGGGGGCUCCCCCCAAUAAUAUGUAAACUAGCAAUCUAAUCUGUAAAGCUUGAGAGGGAAAUUAUGACCUAACAAUUGCCCCUGACUAAUCAGCCCCCUAUACAAAAUUGCUUCCUAUGGUAUAGUGAAUCUGCAAAAUACUAAACUGUCUAUAGCUCUAUAAACUAUAAGUUUGAUAUGCUAAAUAGGAUAUAAAGGGAAAAUAUAGAUAACUCUAUAUCAGGGCUUGAAUUUUAUCGCGGCAAUUGCCGUAGAGGAAGAACAAAAUGCAAAUAUGGAUUAUUGCGGCAACGGCGGCAAUUUUUUGCCGCAUAGUGUAAUUUUUAUACUAUUCACUGUGCAUUACUAUUUUGAUACUAGAAUUCAGAUCAAAUCAUGCGUAAAUUACUAUUUUAGUCUCAGUUUUCUUCGAAAAAAAUACCCACUUGAAGAAAUAUGUAAACAUGUUUCUAGCUUGCUUUAUCUACUUUUUAGCAGAUUAAUUUUAAACUGUCCAUAGUAAUUUUAGAUCUAACAUAUAAAAAAUUAUAGAUCUAUAACAUAUACGUGUAGCUUUUUAAUUAAAUUUUAAAUGAAUCAUUGAAACUUAAUUACUUUGUUAUUUUACUCUGUGUAAUGCCAGAUGAUUUUACUUAUCAAAUGGAGAGUCUUGAACAGUAAACGUUAACCAAACCAUUCGCCAAUGUGUCUUAGUAACCUUUAAGGAUUUAAGCCCAAAAUUAUGCACCCAAAAAAUGGUCUUUUUCAACAAUGUUUUGUGGACAGAAAUUGAAAAUUAAUUUAAAAUUUUUGUUCAAUAUUUUUGUCUGCUCUUAUUGUUCCCUUUACAACUUGUUUACCUAAAAUGCAAGACUACAGACAUAUUUUGCAUAAAAAAUUUCAUCUGCCCCCAUACAGUAAUUUGCCCUGUUUACACAAUGUUGUGUGUUAUUUAGAACAGUUAUUAAUUUCCUCUUUCCAAGGGCAUAUGCUAAUUAGUAAACAGCAAUACUGUCUGGACAUUUUGUUCAAUAAACCUACUCUGAAAGUUCGAAUGAAAUUGUUUGGUAUUUGUGAUGUUACUCUGAGUGUAUAUCCACACCGGGCGAGCUUGAAAAAUAUGCCUGGCCCGAAGGAACUAGAUUCUGUUCCGAAAUAUCACUUACUCGAACCGUCCUGACCGCGUAGCUCAGUUGGAAUAGCAUUGGGCUAGCUAGUAUUCCAAAGGUCGUAGGUUCGAAUCCCACCCUGGCUGGGCAUAUUUUUCAAGCUUGCCCUGUGUGGAUAUACACUCAGAGUAACAUCACAAAUAUCAUAUUCACCUGAGUACACAACACCAACACAGAAAAAAAUGAAAUUGUCUGGUGUUAGACAGAAUAAAUUAUCAGGAUUCCUGGCCUCUCACUUGAUAGAACCAAUUGUUGAAGGUUUUUUUCAGUUUAAAUUUCAUACAGUAACAUUUAUUAGACCUCGCCAGGACAAUUACUGUACAGUAUAUAAGCCCUGUGGUAUGAAUUGAACCAGCGCCCUGCGAUUCCAGUGCAGCGCUCUCAACACAACUCUUCAGAAUAAAUUAUUAACCCAUUAAAGCACAAGACUCACUCUGUGAUGAGUAAAAUUGUCUGGCAUUAGACAGAGUAAAAUAAUAAAUUGGGUGCAUUACAGCCUAAUUAAUGGGUUAACAAGACACAUUGCCAGAUAGUUAACUUGUUAAAGUGCAAGUCUCUCCCUUUGGCAAGUAAAUCAUCUGGCAUUAGACAGAGUAAAAUAAUAAAAUAGUGUGCAUUUGGUGGGCAACCUCGAGGGCAACAGCCAGAAAUUAUCAUGAACAGUCCCAAAUAUUGGACACAAAUAGUCAAAAUAUUGAUUAUAUUGAUUAGUUGUUUUACCUCAAAAUGUUGCCAUAACAGCCUGUUUCAUCUUGGAUGAAACAGCCUGUGUUAGAAAUCCUUUUUUUAACCGAAUUGUCUUCCUAUGGAACAAUCUCUCUCCGAUCAUUCGUAACAGUUCUUCUGUUUCAUCCUUUAUGCUCCAGCUCCAUUCUCACUGCUCUUCUCAAUUAGACUCUUCUUUCGAUGUUAACAGAAUUAUGCGCACUUGGAAAACCUACUGCUCUAAAUGCCGUUCUUUCAACUUAAGCUGUUGCUCAUAAUCUAAACUAUGAAUUUUUAUAUAGCUAUGUAAAUAGUGUUCUAGUCCUUGUCUUUAAUGUAUGUCUACUUAUUGUAUUGUAUCAGGUUGGUCUUUACAUGGGACUCAUGUCCUGUUGACCAUACCUUCAAUCAUUGUUAUAAUUUUUUGUAUGAUUGUAAAAUUAAUAAAUAAAUAACUAUAUCUACUCUAUCUAUAUGAUAUCGAACACUCGUUGGCAUUUCGUGAACCAAACAACAUUCGAUUAUAUUGAUUAUAUAUUUUUAGUUAAACAUGUGUUUGGCAUUUCGAUUACGUUAUUUUUAAUCAACUUAUCAAAAUCAUUCCUAGUUACACUGAUACUACAACAUGUUUGCAUGGUCACAGCCUCUCACAGGUGUGUUUGUAUGUGUGUUGGCUAGGAGCUUGUGUAAAUGUCGCCAUUUUCAGUUUCAGCAGGAAAAAUGGUCGCAAGUUUGAUUCCUGCCAGAACCGGAGGGCCUAUAGUUGCAACUGGUUAUAUAGGUCUAAUAAAUGUUUAAAUUUCACUUUAAAAUUUCCAUUUACAAAAUCCGUCAAUGGACCAUUCCCCAAUUAACCAAAAUUUUGAGCUCAACAAGUCUAGACAAAAAUUUCAUAACAACUUGAAAGAGCAUCGCAAAAUUAGUAAUAUUCCAAAGUUUCGUUGCAAAAUGUUGUAAAAUGCGGAUAAUAUAGCCUUGCGAAGUUUGCAAUUUUCAGUCAUUUUAGAUUGCAAACGGGAAAUGGUUACCACUUCUGUGCGUAAUACAAAAUGACUGAAAAUUACAAACUUCGCAAGGCUAUAUUAUCCGCAUUUUACAACAUUUCGCAACGAAACUUUGGAAUAUUACUAAUUUUGUGAUUCUCUUUCAUGCUAUGAUGGAAUUUUGUCUAGACUUGUUGAGAUCAAAAUUUUGGUUAAUUGGGGAAUGGUCCAUUCCUAGGACGUAGUCAUUACAGGCAUUCUUGUGCCCAACUUAACCACUUACAACUGUUAUUAUGAAACGUGAUGCACAAUCAUUGUGUUUACAAAGAAAGUCAGCAGUGUUUAUUAUUUUCUCAACAUUGCGGACAUUAUCCACUCCAGGGGUCUGACGACAUAACCAGCUGGUUUAUUUGCAGGUCAUGAAAGUCUAUAGCAUUGGAAUGUUGUAAACAAUUGAGCAGAUUUGUGAAUAAUGGAAGAUUUUCACAGAUAUUCACACUGUAAAUAGUCCAUGCGACGUCAUGGUAGAAUUUUAAAUAAAUCAUUUUAUUAACGGCCCAGCCGACACCAGAAAAUGUUGCAAAAACAGUUACAAGCUUUUUCUUAGAUUUUAGACAUUGUAAAACAAGUCAAGCUAAGACUUUAAUCUAUAUCUGUUGGCCCCUCUGACUUUGGCUUUAUAGCUGGAAAUGUGAGAAUUUAGUAGCAUAUUUAUAUACUAUAUAUAGUAUAUUUUAUAUGUAGUAUAUUUUAUAAAAUAUACUAUAUGUAGUAUAUUUUAUAGAAUUUAGUAGUAUAUAGCGAGUAGUAUAUUUUGCAGCCGAUGUUCAGUUUUUAGCGCUUAUUAAUUAAAAAGUGAAAAAAAUGCACAAAUUUAUGUUAUGGGAGGAAGUUACUAUUUUGCCACCUUUAAGCCCCUUUAACGCGGCAGAACGUUGACAGACUUUGUCACAUGAGUGGGCAACGAGAGAGUCGAACCUACACGCUGAAACACACUUGCUCCGUCUCCAAAAGGAAAUAUAGUCGUAGUAGACCUAUGGCGACGUACUUCCGACGACGUGAUUGUAUUGCCCGAUGACAAUGACGUCAAUACAACGAGAACUGAUUUCAAACAUCGAACUUUUAUUGUGGUAAACUCAAUAAUGCGGCAAAUGACCUGCUUUGGCGGGAAACAAUGAGUGUAGGUCAUUUUGAAUUAUAUGAACGAUUGGACUAUAUGUAAAAAUUUUGAUCUAGACAAGUCUAGACAAAAAUUUCAUCACAGCUUGAAAGAGCAUCACAAAAUUAGUAAUAUUCCGAGGUUUCGUCACGAAAUGUUGUAAAAUGCGGAUAAUAUAGCCCUGCGAAGUUUGCAAUUUUCAGUCAUUUUAAUUUAGAUUACAAACGGGAAAUUGAUACCCAAACCCCCGAUUUGGGUAUCAAUUUCCCGUUUGUAAUCUAAAAUGACUGAAAAUUGCAAACUUCGCAGGGUUAUAUUAUCCGCAUUUUACAACAUUUCGUAACGAAACUUUGGAAUAUUACUAAUUUUGUGAUGCUCUUUCAAGCUGUGAAAGUGUUUGUCUAGAUCAAAAUUUUAGUUAUAAGGUUAAAGGUCCAUUGAGCCAUCCAAUAGUUCCUUAAUUUGAACCCUAACCCAGUCUCUAAUCUUAAUCUAACCCUAAUCUAACCCUAACCCUAAUCUUAGCUAUGACUACAACUAAAAUAUAAACUAAAUCAAGAAAUAAAUAGAAAGGUUCAGAUUUUACUCCCACUUCCGCACAUGAGCAUCUCACAGAUUACAGGAUACCCUAGAACUGUAAAAUGUUGAAAAUUUUAAAUUAAAAUAUUUCAAAUUAAACACGUCCAUAUGCUUGGCGGGAAAACGAUAAUUAGCAUUAAAGUCAAUUUUUUUCAGACACAUUAAUUUUUGAGCGGUAGCUAUAGUGGAAGUGAACGAUAACAUGACCAAUUGACCAUCAAACACAGGAAAUUGUACCAGGAAGAGAUAAAUUAACCAACAAUUAACCGAACAACGAACAUUUGUACAAAAUUAUAAGCUUAGAUAGUAUGACCAGAAUGGAGCCGUACAUUGGAUUGGGAAACUGGUUAACUGGAUUUGGGUUAUUGGGAAAGGGAAAAUCCAUAUAUACCAUUAUAAAGACAGUUGUGCAGUUUAGAUAUAACUUCAAGGAAAGCUACGAAGAAACUUUUGAUUGAGAGUUUGUCUUAAAAUGUCCUGAAAGAUUGAAUUCUGCCCUUUUCCAGUUCGAGGUCGUAUACUUGUGUGUGCAUGUCUAGUAGGUGACAAAAAUGAGAAAUAUUUGCGGACUUUACACCUUUUGCUUCGUGAGGUUAUUACUAAAGAGAGCUAUAUCGAAACUUUUGAUUGAGAGUUUGUCUUAAAAUGCCCUGAAAGAUUGAAUUCUGCCCUAUGCCAUUCAGUUCGAGGUCACAUUUUUGUGUAUGUCCAGUAUGUGACAAAAAUGAGAAGUAUUUGUAGACUUUAAACUUUUUCUUCGUGAAGUUAUUUCGAAAGAGAGCUAUAUGGAAAGCAGAAUAUUGUGUUUUAAAAGCCAACGCAUUGGUGAAACUGGUCAAGACUCAAGAAUAUUCUUUUAUGUUGACAAUUGAAAACGACUAUGCAUGUCAUUUUGCCAAAUAGCAAAAAAUUGUCCGGGAAAUGAGACCUGCAGAGAUCCUCUCAGAUGAGGAAAUAUAUCAAGGCAUGCAAUACUAAUAUCUCAAGUAUGUCAACUAUGGUGCACAGUCAUUAUUCAAAUACUUUUAAUAAUUAAGGCCAAAUUUAAUUAGAUCGUGGAACAAAGCACGGGGCUUAUCCCUCUUCUCAGGAAAUGAAUAUUUAACACAGAACAUUAAAAAACAACGACCUCGCGUGCUGAGAUCUCGACGAGUCGAUAACUUUGUCACAGUGAAUUAGGGAAAUGUUUUUGAAUUUCGAACCAGCAACACCGCUGGAAAUUUAAACCACAUUAACAUAGCAUUCUUACGCCCAAUGGUUCUUUUAAAAGUUACAGCAAUGUGGCGAGGAUUGGUUCCGUUUAAUUGUCAAAUACCUGUGAAAAUAUUAUAAAUAUGUAGUGUAAAAUCUGAAAGCCGAUUUACACAAAGCAUAGAGAUAAUAGCACCUAUUCUCUUUGAGAAAUUAAAUUUUAAAAAUACCGAAGUGUCAAGAAAUGUUUGAGCAAUUGAGGGAACUGGUGUUUGCAAAUCCUUCAAAAUUCAAAAUCCUACAUGCAAAAUUCCUACUGUGAUCACAGAAACUUUGAUAGUGUAACCAGGCUUUAUAAGCAAAGAAGACUCGUUUUGAUUGUUUUCAAUCUUAAACUCUUUAGUAUAUAAAAUCAUUGAAAAAAUAGAGGAUGCGUAGCCAGGUUGAAACAUUAGAGAGUUUGAGCAAGAGAACAAAGUCGGACGACGACGACGUGGUUGACAAUCUGUGCCUGUCUUGCACAUUAUCUUGUGCAUUCUGAGUUUAGGGUCAGGGGUGAAGACAGAUUAGAGAUUCGUGUCUUGCUUUUCAUGAAUGCUGACCCAAGUUCUUACCCUGAUCAGGACAAAACAGCGAGACAUGAAUCCAUAUCCCGUCCUCGUUCUUCUGCCUUCGUUCACAACGAAUAUUUUGGAAAAAGUCGCUGUGAACUUCGUUCCGAACGAAGGCAGAAGGACAAAGACGGGAUAUAGUUUCAUGCCUCGCUGUUUUUUUCUGGGUCAGAGCAAGAAUUAUGGUCAGUAUUCAUAAACAGCGACACACGGAAAGACACGCUGAACAACCACCAGUGAUGUGCAGACAGCAAAAAUUGUCAAGUACGUCUUCGUACUUCGUUGUCUUGCUCAAACUCUCUAUUAUUUAUUGAACGUUCUUUGCAUACUAAAUAUCAGAGAACGAUCAAUAAAUAAUAUAAAAUCAUGCAAAGUUUUCGAAUCGAUCUGCACCGUUUUACUUUUAGUGGCACAUCACUCCAGGUAUAUACAUGGAGAUCAAAUGUCGGCCAUGUUGGGAAUAGCCGAGAGGAUACAAUGCUGGCGUCAUCGUGCCUGCUAUUUCCUGCCUAUGUCAAAUAUCUAGAAUCUUCGAUUCACAAUGCUUCCCCGUGCUUGUAUUCUCCCAGCUGCUGGAGGCCAUUAUAAAGCUCUAACUAUUAAUUAAAUAUCAGCAUGAAAUCUGUGGAUUAUUGUCUGACCUGACCACUUAGCCAAUGAUAAUUCAUAAACACUAUAGGCUAUACAACUCAAGGGUUGAAAUAACCGGUCGCCAUGUCGCCAAUUGCGAGCAAAUUUCUCAUCUGGCGACCAGAUAUCUGCCAAAGGUACCAAGGUCGCCUUCGUGGCAACUGAGGAAAAAUCUUAAAAUGAUAUUAAUUAAAGUAAUCAAGUAAAUACUUGAUUCAUUCUACUUUUGAAUGUAAUUUGCCAACAUAUUAAACAACUGUUUUUGUGUUAUCUGUAUACAUAAAAGCCAUAAAAAGAGAGUACUUCGUCACAACAUAUUGAUUUGGGGAGACCUGAUAUUAAAUCUGGCGACCAGAUCUUACCUAUUCAAUUGAAGCCACUUUUUGGGCGACUAAAAAAUUUUCAGAAUUUGAACCCCUGAUAUUAGUGAACUUAAGCAAGUGGCGUUUUUGUCAAGUUUGCGUCAGUUUGUGGUAAUCUUCAACAUGUAUGGCAAAACAUAAAAUUUUUGAAGUUGUUCGCUUCAUUUAUAAUACAAAAGCGAUAUGAGGCACAAUGCCCGCCAAAAUGAGUUAAACCAAUUUUCUGUUUGCAAAAUUCUGGCGCAUAGCUGUUGCGUUUUUCAUGUGACACGCUGUAUGCAAAUUGACCAUUUGCGUAAUAGACUAAAUUUUGAACUAAACAAGUCUAGACAAAAAUUUCAUCACAGCUUGAAGGAGCAUCACAAAAUUAGUAAUAUUCCAAAGUUUCGUUGCGAAAUGUUGUAAAAUGCGGAAAAUAUAGCCUUGCGAAAUUUGCAAUUUUCAGUCAUUUUAGAUUACAAACGGGAAAUUGACAGCCUCAAACCCUUCGAGGCUGUCAAUUUCCGGUUUGUAAUCUAAAAUGACUGAAAAUUGCAAAUUUCGCAAGGCUAUAUUUUCCGCAUUUUACAACAUUUUGCAACGAAACUUUGGAAUAUUACUAAUUUUGUGAUGCUCUUUCAAGCUGUAAUGAAAUUUUUGUUGAGAUCAAAAUUUAGUCUAUUACGCAAAUGGUCAAUUGAAACAACUAAAAUCUAUAUUAAUAUUCUUAUAUUUUAAUGAUCUUACUAACUGCUGAACUUGUCAUGCUGAACUCAAAUGCAAUGUCCUGAUUUUAACAGUUUUAUUAAUACUUGUUUUCGCUUGAAACUUUAAAUCUUCAACUUCCAACAAUUAUCAAGCAUACCAAUUUUGCUAACUUGAAUGAUGUUUUAAAAUUUCACAAAAUAAUUAUACGAAAUGCAUUUAAAGCCAAAUUUUAAUGGUCACAUGAACCGAUCUGUUUUGCUAUUUCAGUCGACCUAAAUCAAACUUGAUUCCAAACAAACUCAUUCAGAUAUCGAUCUUCACAGGAACUUAACUGUUAUAUAAUCUGUUCAUCUAAACUUUGACAUUUAAUUAAUUAUAUAGGCCUUACCAACCUUUAAUUGCUAAUUUCCUAGUCUCGAAAAUUGUGCAUCAGUUCUAAUAAAAGAACUGACGAAACAUUACUAUAGCAAUAAGUAGCCCCUUGUACACAAUAUUAAUUAUUUCCUGAAGAUUAGAAGGGCUUAAAACGUAAUCCCUUCUAGACAGGUAAAAAGACAAGAUAACGAAAUUAAAAUGGCAUUUACUGUCUGCAAGCCCUGUCUCAUUCAGCCUAGUAACACCACGCUUUUCCGGGAAGGAAUGCUCUUGGUAGCAAGGUGAUUUUGAUGGAUUGAAAAGGGUGUUGUUUUUUUAUUGUUUAGACCGUUGUCAUCAUUCCUUACUGGAAGUUGUGAUACAUUUGAAUCAGAUGACAGUCUUGUUACGUUGAUUGUGGUUGGUGUCAAUGGCCUGGCUAAAGAAUUCGCUCAAGGCGCCGAGGUAAGUCCACUGAACUCAAUUGCAUACAAACACACACACACACACACACACACUAGGGAGGAGGGCAGGGGGAGACAAACCCCCAACUCCCAUCAAGGUCUUAAAAUAAUUGAGGGGAAAGAGCUUCCUUUACAUUGACAUCAGUAAAUGGUCAGAUUUUCGCGUCUUCUCGGAUAAGGACGUUAAUUAAAUCGUACAGUAGGUGCCUCGUAUCCCCUAUCAAUAGACCUUUCCCCUUAUGAGUGAAAUUUUGAUCUAGAUAUGCCUGGACAAAAUGUCAUCACAGCUUGAAAGAGCAUCACAAAAUUAGUAAUAUUCCGAUGUUUCGUUGCGGAUAAUAUAGCCUUGCGAAGUUUGCCGUUUUUCAGUCAUUUUGUAUUACAAACGGGAAAUUGAUAAUCAGAUGAUCUGAUUAUCAAUUUCCCGUUUGUAAUACAAAAUGACUGAAAAACGGCAAACUUCGCAAGGCUAUAUAUUAUCCGCAUAUUUACAACAUUUCGCAACGAAACUUCGGAAUAUUACUCAUUUUGUGAUGCUCUUUCAAGCUGUGAUGAAAUUUUUGUCCAGACUUGUCUAGAUCAAAAUUUCACUCAAAGGGGGAAAGGUCUAAAUUGGGCGAUAGCCUUUUGGGAAAUCCGCUCGCCAAUGGGUGAGAAACUCAAUGAACUAAACACGGAACCUUGCGAUUUUAGAAACGUUGCUAUGGCGAACAUAUGGAGUAUCCGUUUGAGAACAAGUUGUACGAACUGGAUAUCAAGGUCGUAGAGGAUGAUGAGAAUGAAUCAGAUACCUUCGCCGAUCUGGAUGACAUCAGCACUACAGGUAUGAUGACGUCAUUGUUACAGGCCUCGGGAAACUGUUGUCAUAAUUAGCGGAAUGAUGGUCAUAAUUAGCGAAAAAUCAUGGAAAAAACCUCUAAUGGCAUGGAUUGGUAACAAGUAAUUCGCGCAAAUGAGCCACAAAGGAACAAAAGAUUGGCUAGUUUGUUUCUAAUGUACAUAUUUGUAAUCUAAUUUGUACGUAUGGAUCAAUAUACACCGAAACUGGUUUUCACGUUGUUGAUUGAAAAUUAAUUUAUUCACUAGGUUUGUGUUGCGUGUUUUCCUCGCGAGAGUCUUACAACUACGUGGAGACAUACCUGGAGAGAACUGUCGGCCAAUCAGAUGACAUCCUGAGCGAGGAUGUACCAAUCGUAUUGGUUCUAGCCCAGGAUCCCCAGGAGAAAGAUACACAGAAAGAAUUGAGAUCGAAAGCACAAGAACUUGUACGCAGGUAA